AUGGAGCACGUUGAUAUUUUCCUUGAAUAUUGUUAAUAGAUUGCAAAUUAUUUUCCACAGCUGGCAACAUUAGAUCCGCCACUGUGGCGCGUUGACUUAUCUGGUGGUAGUGGAACAUUGACUACUGACUAGUGAGUUGUGACCGGGGGCAGUGGGCGCUCUAUUAUUAUCAUAUCAUUAAUAGUGUAACAAAAGGGAUUGAGGCGAAGUGUUGUGCAGUUUGUUUGUAAUGACUAGUUUGCUAAAAAGUGAAUUUACAGCAAUUAUCGUUAUAAAUAAACGCAAAUUAGUGCAACAGUAUCUAUAUUAUAUAUAAUAAUGGACGAAAAACCAAAAAAAGCAUUCUACGUACUGCAAUUUCUAGAAAGGCCAUAUGCUUUUUUGGAUGAAUUUAUUUAUAUACCCGCAAGUGACGUAAUUCAAAUCAAUAAAAAAGAUUACACUGUGUUCACAUAUCCCAUAGAACCAGGCAUGAAGAAUAAAUUUUAUUAUGAUAAAUGGCCUUAUUUCUUGGGUAAAGUUAAACGUACGGCAGAUACAGCACAAACGGCAAGAGAUAUUUGUAGAGACUUGAACUCUCGGAAACUAGAUGAUGAAGAAACAGAUUUAAACGGUCCUGAAGAUAAUCCAGCUGAUUUAGAAAAAAAUGGAAAAAAGCGGAAGGCUAAAACAGGACGUACGAAAAACGAAAAAAAAACUAAACUUAGAGAAUCGGGAAAGUCUAAGGAUAUAAAUAUAGAGAGAGCUUUAGACGAUGAUGAUAUGUUAACGCCAGAAUUUAUGCAAACUUUAACGAAGGAAUUGGAAUCCUAUGAAAAACAACAGGAAGAACUGGACGAAGCUAAAAAAGAAAUUCAUAAGAAAUCUUGUUUGCUUAAAGAUUUUAUAGACGAUUUGAAAUCUUACAACGAUGAAGAGAAUACAGUCGAUGAUAAAUACCAAAAGCUAAUCGAAAUAAUCAACGAGAAAGAAAAACAAAUCAUCGAACUUAAAUUGCAACUGAAAGAGGAAAACGGGACAAAGCUUGCAAAUGCCAAAGAAAAUUCUGCUACUCGAUGGACUUUGAGAUAUCCUGAAGAAACUGAUCAUUUAUUCGAGUUACUAGUUGACAGUGGUGUGUAUGUAAAUGGUGUAGCAAAGUCGUACAUUGUAAGGGCGGCAAAAACGAGGACUGACCUAUGUCGCAUGCUUUUACACGAAGUAUUCACAGACAAAGCUUUAAAGACGUGCGAUUUUAAUUCACUGGAUGAACACGCCAUAAACAUUUUGAUACAAGCUGUUAGAUUCAUCCAGCGACCCAGUGGCGAUGACUUUGACACUGUUUCAAAAGAAAAUAUUUUAAGGUCCGUCAAGAAACGGCUUUAUAAUUUAAACAAAAUAGAAGAGUUUAAAUAGAAGGCUCCAGGACCAAUAAUUGUCUCCCCAUUUUCUGUCAUAAGUCAAAGUGUGUCUAUGAUCUACCUUUAUACUGCAUUUUUAUUAGUUUUUGAUUAUUAUUUAUAAUUAUUAUUUAUGAUUAUUAUUACAUAUUUUUUAGGUUAAUCAUUAUUUGUAUUUAAUGUGCCAUUUUAUUGUAGAAUCGUUAUAAAUUAUUGCGUACAUACGCCACAAAUCUAGGCAGGUUUUACAUCAGGAAAGUGCUUGUGAUAAUCGCAACUGUGAUGGUUUAUUUAAGGGAUGAGUCCAGGGUUCGAAUAUAUGAAGCGUUUAUAUAUGUCAAGUGUUGAAAAUAUUUUUAACUUCCAAAGGUUGAAAGAUUUCUUAAAUUUUAGAAUUAUACUUAAAAAAAAGAGAAAUGUUUUAAAAGUAUAUAUUAUGAAAUAUGAUGAUUUUACCAGUAAUGCAGGUCUUAAAGGUUUGUUUUACUAAGAUAAAAUGUAUUAUAAUAGCUAUUUGCCUUGUAAUAUUAAUUAUUACAAUAACUUAAGAUUUGAAUGAACUACCUCAGUUUUUAUGUCUACUAUAGUUUUUCAUGUAUAGAAGAUAAUCUUUUUUUACAAACAUACAAAUAAAGUGAUAAAUGUUG